CCACCACAACAUCUGUAACCCGCCCACAAUGGCCAAAUCCCUGCGCUCAAAAACCAAGCGCGCCUUCCGCUCCAAAAAGCGCGAAGCAGGCGUCUAUGCCGCGACCGAGGCCGCUCGUCUCAACCGGCUCAACCAGAAGCUGGUCGCGUUGAAGGCGGCGGACCCGGAGGACUUCAAGGAGAUACCGGUGGAGGGCGAGGCGGACAAGGAAGAAGGGUGGACCGACGAGAUGGAGCCAGACAGCCGAGCUGUCUCGAAUACCAACACAUCAACAGACGCCAUGGACCUAGAUCCCAAACCCUCAUCAUCAUCCCAGCCGCAGAAGAUCUCCACCCACGGACCCCGUAAUUCUCGAAGAGAGCAAUGGCGAGUAUCGAAAGGUAUGCCCGCGCGGCCCCAGCAGAAGGGCAUGAACCGCCAGGGAGGCAUCGCAGCGCGGCGGAAAGCCGGGCGCUCGCACCGGAGACGGUAAAGAAAGCAGGGACGGACUUUGAGUCAUUUGCUAUGGGCGUGUGCGCACAGGAAAAGUACUUGUUAUACGAUCGUAUGCGUGGUAUAUCUGUAAUUUAUUGCCAGACGGUUACUGUUUAGUUCUAUGGAUAUCAACGAGCGAGCGAGGGAUACAUGGC